CCUUCUGGGUUGUCGUCUCCUUUCUGAACAAAAAUGGACCUGUACUGAGGUCGUGCAGCAAGAACCCCAAACGGGAUAGUCGCCUCACGCCUCUACAUGGGCAUCUUGGCCCUCUGGAACCCGGCCUUGGCGGCCGCGGGGGUUCCCUCCCGGCAAGGCCAUUUGGAGCGUUUCUGGCUCGGGUCCCAAUUUUGCCAUUUAAAGGUCAGAAGCAGCAACGAGCGGUCCGAUGAGCCAUAAAAGAGAAGGGUAGGGGACGUUAUACCUUCCGAUCACCGUGUUCUUGGCCUCCCCCCUCCCCCCACACACACUUCCUUUUCCCGCCCAGUCGCUAUUUCCAAGACGGGAGAACGCUUCGGCCGCCUCAGACUUUCUGUCUUCACACACGAAAAGGCGGCGCUCCUCCAACUCCGGCCCGCCCUCACGUUCGGGAGUCGCGUCGCUCCUCCUCCUCCCGCAUCAAGAACCAAGCCGGCCCCCCUCCCUCCCUCCCUCCCCUCAAGCGCGCGCCCCACUCCACGCGGGCGGUCGUCGCCUUCGCCUUUCGCAGCUCUCUCUCUCUCGCGCGCGCCAGGGAACCAUGACAGGGAAAGCUCCGGGGUUUUGGCACGAGGCGUCCCACCAGAUUCUGGCCGGUGGCUCCGCGGGUCUUGUAGAAAUUUGCCUGAUGCACCCCCUCGAUGUGGUGAAAACCAGGUUCCAGAUUCAACGAGGAAAAACUGAUCCAUCCAGUUACAGGAGCUUGGGACACAGUUUUAGGACCAUAUUCAAGACAGAAGGACUAUUUGGAUUCUAUAAAGGGAUCCUCCCUCCAAUUUUGGCUGAAACACCCAAAAGAGCAGUAAAGUUUUUCACCUUUGAGCAAUACAAGAAACUACUAGGAAAUGUUUUGCUGUCACCAGCAUUGACAUUUGCAGUUGCUGGCUUGGGAUCUGGGCUCACAGAAGCAGUUGUGGUUAACCCUUUUGAAGUAGUCAAGGUUAGCCUCCAGGCAAACCGGGAUGCUUUCGCAGAGCAACCAUCCACGUUUGCCAAAGCUCGGCAGAUUAUUAAGUCCGAUGGGGUUGGUCUCAGUGGACUCAACAAAGGGCUACCUGCUACCUUGGGACGUCAUGGAGUUUUUAAUAUGAUUUAUUUUGGAUUCUACUUCAAUGUGAAGAACAUCAUUCCUGUCCACAACGAUCCAAACAUGGAGUUUCUGAGGAAAUUUGGAAUUGGGCUUGUCUCGGGAACAAUAGCCUCGAUUAUUAACAUCCCUUUUGAUGUUGCAAAAAGUAGGAUUCAGGGACCCCAGCCGGUUCCUGGGGAGAUCAAGUACAGGACCUGCUUUAAAACUAUGGCAACCGUCUAUAAAGAAGAAGGAUUUCUAGCUUUAUACAAAGGAUUGGUUCCCAAGAUCAUGAGGCUAGGCCCAGGUGGUGCAGUGAUGCUUCUGGUUUAUGAAUAUGCCUAUGGAUGGCUUCAGGAAAACUGGUGAUCAAAUAUCCAACUUCUAAGACAACAGUCUUUUAAAAGCAGGGACAAGCAACCGUGGUUUUCCAGAUGUUAUUGGACUCCAUUUGUCCUUGCCAGCAGAGACAUUAAUGAAGGAUCAUAGAUGUAGGCCAGAAUUAUCUGGAGGGCCACAGUCCUCAUGCAUCCAAUUCAAAGCAAUGCUUAUUAUUAAGCUGUGUUUUACUAUAAGAAUGAAGCAAAUACAAGGCCCAUAUAUAGGUAUAAGAGUCUCCUACUGCAUACUUAUUUCUUAUUCCUCAACCAUGGAAGUUAAUGAAGACUGAAGACACUGCAUUUUUUUUUCAAGAAUUAAUCCUGCUCAGGUACUGGUCAGCACCAAUACCUGAACCAUUCCAGCAAAUAAAUGCUUCAAAAAUAAAAUGUUUUUAAAAACAUGAAAGUUCCAACCAUCAAGGAAAUUAUAAAUGCUUCAUUGAGCAAUCAUCUCUCUUUGAUUGAUUGAUUGAUUAAGUAGUUGAUAUUAGAUGAAACUACCCGGUUUCCCCAAAAAUAAGAUCUAACCCGAAAAUAAGCCCCAGUAUGAUUUUUUAGGAUGCUUGUAAUAUAAG